AUGAUAAUUGGUGAACGAGAAAUAAACGGAGUAUCUUGCACUGUGUUGAUGGUAUUGGAUGGUCUUAGGCUGGUUUAGAGAAUUAGAUAGUGAAAGAUUUUUAGCUACAGCUAGGCUUGUCUUGUCUUUUUUUUCCUGAAGAAGUCUACCUGUUUUCGGACCUAGUUCCGGCGCCGCAGCAUCUCACUCUUGAGCGGCAACUGAACAAGAGCGUCUUAAUCGGUUGGACAGCGCCAGAUAACACUCACCAGCUGGAGUCGUAUCACGUCUACGUAGAUGGAGUGUUGAAAGUGACUGUGAAAGCAACCGAGCGGACCAGGGCAUUGGUCGAGGGUGUUGACUCCACCAGGCCGCACAGAAUAAGCGUACGGUCGGUGACACACUCGAGGAGAACGUCACGCGAUGCCGCUUGCACGAUGGUGAUCGGUAAGGACGUCACCUUGGGACCGACCGCUGUCAAGGCAUCGAACGUGACCGCCACCAGUGCCGCGAUAUCUUGGAUGCCGAGCAAUAGUAACCAUCAGCACGUCGUUUGCGUGAAUAACGUGGAAGUUAGGACAGUGAAGCCUGGUGUUUACAGACACACGAUCACCGGUUUAGCACCGUCGACGAUUUACAGAGUGACCGUCAAAGCGAAGAAUUUAAGAGCGACGCACUUCGAGGACCAAAACACCCAAGCGGCCAACAAUUUAGCAUGCCACGUCCAUUUCAAAACGUUGCCCAAAGGAUUGCCCGAUCCUCCGGUCGAUAUCCAGGUGGAGGCUGGACCGCAGGACGGCACUUUGCUAGUGACCUGGCAGCCUGUUGCCCUAAACGGUUCGGCCGUCACCGGUUACGCGGUGUAUGCCGAUGGGAAGAAGGUCACCGACGUAGACAGCCCCACCGGUGACCACGCUCUGGUGGACAUACAUAAGCUGAUGGGUCUGAAUCCGAAGCAUAUCACAGUGAGGACGAAAAGCAGGGAGAGCCAGUCGGGCGAUAGCUGUGCCACUGCCAUUCCUUGUAGCGUCCUCCGCAGUGGGACAGCGGCUCAUUUGCAACACGGCUCGUCCACGCACAUGCAAGAUCAGGGGCAACCGCAGCCCUCCGUCACCGGGCAACUCGACGAUCUCAACAGGCAUCGUAUGGCAGGUGUAGGCCAGAGAUAUCCAUCGACCCCUGUACCAUCUCACAUAAGAAAACACGGCAAUACCAGAGUCGACUCUCACGGCCAAAUUAUCAUCGAGACUGAAGAGAAUCUGUCCGACAAGGAGAUCUAUCCUGGACAAAGUAUGCCCCAAAUGGGAGUUCCAGAGAUCACCAAAGAUUCGGCAAGCGAGGCAAACUACAGCGAGGAAGAUGAUCCGUCGCGUAAAGGUAAAGGAUUGCCACUGCAUCAUGGCGUCCAACAUCGAUAUGGAUCGCAAAUGGGACAACAAGGACUUCCUGGGACACAUCGACCUGGAAAAAUGGGUGGUCCUUCUGAUAGACCUCAAGAGCCUUACUACGACCAACCAGGUUCCUUUGCACUUUAUAUCUAA